GUGCCACAUAUAUUUACAGAAAAUUAUUAGCACUACUUACCCUACAUUAUUUUUCUCCCUCUCAACUUUUGCUUGACUUUCCACAUAUUACUUUACUUUACUCUUAUAUUAGAAAAGGCUUGUUUCAACAUGCCUGUUUCAUGCUUUCAAGGGCAUUUUUGUCUUUUCAGUUCUAAAUGUAAUUACGUGUCUUUUUCAUGUGUCAUAAAUUUUGUCUUUUCAGUUCCCGGUGAAAACGUGUCUUCCUCCUAUGUUAUAUCACUUCAUUAUACUCCACCAUCUGUGCACUCUUCUUCAACAUUCUCCAUGUUAAUGUUAACUCAGAAACAAAUGGCAAAACUACGCUCGCAGUCGUUCCGACGAAGAAGAAGGAUGCGUUAUCCGUUUCAUCUAGCAAAGACAGGCAUACAAAAGUCAAUGGUAGAGGAUGGCGCGUAAGGAUGCCGGCGUUAUGCGCGGCGCAUGUUUUUCAAUUGACGAAGGAGCUAGGUCAUAGGACUGACGGAGAAACGAUAGAGUGGCUUCUCCGUAACGCUGAACCAGCAAUCAUCGCUGCUACAGGAACAUGUACGCUUCCGGCGACUCAAGUCACUACGACGUCGGAGAACAUACCGUUGUCUCAGUCACAACCGUCGGUUUUAGCUCCGUUAACACGAGCUACGCCUGUUUCUGGAUUUCCGGUAGGUGGUGGAUUUUUCUCUAUGACUCCACAAUCGCAGCCAAAUUGUCGGCUUGAUUUGUGCCAACCGUCGUUAGAAUUUUCCGGCAAUGCGUAUCGGCAUAUGCCGUUCACGGCGUUGCUUUUACAGCCGGUGACCGCCGAUGACGGCGAAGAGAAAGUCGCCGAAGAAGAUGAGAAACAGUAGAGAUGUGGAUGUUUUAAUCCUUAUCUUUUUGUGCUAUAGACUAAUCGCAACUUUUUUUUGGACUAAAUGUGUCAGUUACUAGACUUUUGUAGGUCCUUUUUUGCUAAUAUCUAAAAGAUUGGAAAAAGGAUCAAAAGAGGGUUCAGCUUUUUGGGUUUGGGGUGAAUUUAGUAAAAAUAGGUUAAUUUAGGGGUUAAAUGUUAAAUUUUUUAUAUAUGUUUUAUUAGUAGUAACUCUCUUUUUGUAUUUGUAAAAAAAAGUAUUGUUCUUCAACAAAAACGUAUUUGGAAUUAGUUGUUAUUAAUUUUA